GAGCUGUAGUUCCCGCCGCCGCGCCGGACGGAGCCACGAGACAGGGCCCUGGGCACGGCAGCUCCCAGCAGCCCCUGCGGCCACCGGCAAGAUGGCGGCGGCGACGGCGGGCGCGGAGGAGCGGCAGGGGUCGUGGCGGGACAGCGGCAGCGGCGAGGACUCCCUGGACGCGCUGCUGAGCCGCCUGCCGCUGGCGCCCGCGCUGUCCCCGCGGAAGCGGACCAUGAGCCAGUCGAAGACGGAGCCCCCGCUGCUGCGGACCAGCAAACGGACCAUUUACACGGCGGGGCGGCCGCCCUGGUACACCGAGGCGGGCACGCCCUUCAAGGAAGCCUUCGUCAUCGGCCUGUGUGGAGGGAGUGCAUCAGGCAAGACCACGGUGGCCAAUAAGAUCAUUGAGGCCCUGGACGUGCCCUGGGUGGUGCUGCUGUCCAUGGACUGCUUCUAUAAGGUGCUGAAUAAGGAGCAGCAGGAGCUGGCUGCCCACAACGAGUACAACUUCGACCACCCCGAUGCCUUCGACUUCGACCUGCUGAUCAGCGUGCUGCGCAAGCUGAAGAAGGGCAAGAGCGUCAAGGUGCCUGCGUACGACUUCACCACGCACAGCCGCCGCAAGGAGUGGAAAACCAUCUAUGGGGCCAAUGUGGUAGUAUUUGAGGGGAUUUUAUCUUUUGCCAACAAGGAGCUGCUGAAGCUCCUGGACAUGAAGGUGUUUGUGGACACGGACUCGGACAUCCGGCUGGUGCGGCGGCUGCAGCGUGACAUCAUGGAGCGCGGGCGCGACCUUGUGGGCGUCAUCAAGCAGUACAACAAGUUCGUCAAGCCGGCCUUCGAGCAGUACAUCGAACCCACCGUGCAGGUGGCCGACAUCGUGGUGCCCAGAGGUGGGGAGAACUUCGUGGCCCUGGAUCUCAUUGUGCAGCAUGUGCACAGCCAGCUGGAGAAGCGUGAAAUCACGGUCAGAGCGGCCCUGGCCUCUGCCCACCAAGGGCAGCCGCUGCCCAAGUCGCUGAGUGUCCUCGAGGGCACGCCGCAGGUGCGUGGCAUGCACACCAUCAUCAGGAACAAGGACACAACCAGGGACGAGUUCAUCUUCUAUUCCAAGCGCCUGAUGAGGCUGCUGAUUGAACAUGCCCUCUCCUUCCUGCCACUCAAACCAGUGACGGUGGAGACGCCUCAGGGGACUGUGUAUGAAGGGAAGCGGUUCCACAGGCAGCGGAUCACAGGUGUGUCCAUCCUGCGGGCGGGGGAGACCAUGGAGCAGGCUCUCACUGCUGUCUGCAAAGACAUUCGACUGGGCAAGAUUCUGAUCCAGACCAACCAUGACACAGGGGAGCCUGAGCUUCACUAUCUGCGGCUCCCCAAGGAGAUCAGCGAAGACUAUGUCAUUCUGAUGGACAGCACCGUGUCCACAGGGGCUGCAGCCAUGAUGGCCGUGCGCGUCCUUCUGGAUCACGAUGUCCAUGAGGAGAAGAUCUUCCUGCUGUCCCUGCUGAUGGCGGAGAUGGGGGUUCACUCCGUGGCCUACGCCUUCCCCCGUGUCCGCAUCAUCACCACAGCCGUGGACAAGAAGGUCAACGAGGAAUUCCACAUCAUCCCUGGAAUCGGUAACUUUGGAGACAGGUACUUUGGUACUGAUGCCCCCUCCGCCUGGUGUGAGAAUGAGAGCACGGACUACUGAGCGUGAUGGCCUGCCUGCCAGCCUUGCCCCUGCUGCCUCCUCCCUCCCUCUUUCGAGCCUUGCGCUUCUGCUGCCCCAGGAUCGCCCCUCCCUGCUGGCCUCUGGACCACACACUGUUAGGCGGGCAGCCAUUUGGAAACUGCCCACCAGCACCCUCCAUUGUGCGUGCAGGGCAGAGACUGCCUGUGGCUUGCAGUGUGCGCACACUGGGCACACACUCCUGGUGCCCCGCUCUGGUAGGUGGGAGGAGGGGGGUCAGAUUCUCUCUUUGGCCCUACAUAGAUGUGGUGGGUGUGGAGGUGGUAAGAGACUCUCCCUAUGGCCUGGAAGGGGUGAGGUGAGGCCCAUGCACAGGCUGGAGCAGGUUCUGUGUGUGUGUUUGCUCUGAGCAGUUACUCCCCCUAUGUUCCGGCUCAGGGGCCAGCUCCUUGUAAAAGUGUCAGGGACACAGGAUCAAAUGGAAGGGAACAGCCCUGUCGUCCUCAGUCAGCAGCUCUCCUCCCACCCCUCCUCCAGUGCCCUGAUAGCCCUGAAUGUGGGGCAGGGCCGUGGGGCUGUUUAGCCGGGAGCAGUCUGGUGCUGGCAGCAACCUAGGGCUUGCGCAGAAUAGGAGGUGUGCCUCACCUUCCCCAGCAGGCCUUCCACCCACGGCCAGGUUCAUGAGUCUGGCAGCUCCCCCGUCUCUGGGCCACUCUGCUGGCGUGGCGGAGACGCCCAGCUUGUCCGGGAGGCAGGUGGGGGACUGCAGCUCGUCCCUCCUGCGGGUGUGGGCUUGUGAGGAGACCCGUCUAGCCGGAGCGCCUUCCUGGACGCCUGGCUCGUGCUGGGGGCAGGCCAGCGGCGUGCGGCCGAAGCUGUUGUGAGCGGGAGCGCAGCAAGGAGGCCUCCGCGUGUUUCGGCAACCCCCCAUCCGAGCCCCUCCCGCUAACGCCUGGGGCACGGGGAGGCGGGGGCCGCGGCCAGUGCCCGGGAAGCGAGGACCAUGGACUGGGACAAGAGGAGAGCCGGUGCCACGGGGGGCCUCCCGCUGCCUCGCCCAGGGCUAGGACCCAGGUCUGCCUCGUGCCUUGCGGGGCGCCGGGACUGGGCCCGGGGGGGCGCUGGGGUCCCGCUUUUCUGGGCCCUCCACUGAGGCCGGCCCUGGCCCCAGCGGGCGGCAGCUGCCCGGCGCCCGGUUCCCGCGGGCGGCUCCGGCUGCCCGGGGGCGGCUCCGCUGUGUACGCGUCAAUAAAGGGUCUGCCAGGA